AUUUGCCAAACACUGACCUAAGUAAUAAAAUAUAUAUGUACAAACUUCUUUCAUUAGCAAAUCGCAACAAGAUUGUACAUUUUUAGGUUUAACGAAGUUCUUCCCAUCACAAAUUUGCAACAUCCUCUACAAAUGAAAUGUCAAACUGCGCUCUCUUUAUGCACGUUUUGUAAAACUUGUAAACCUUUUUUGUAUUGCGAACAAAACUAUUAUUAAUGUUUGUCUGUACAUAUGUACGUGAUUUCAUUUCACUAGCAAUCUAAACAAAAACAACAUUCCGCGCUUUGACCAGCUUUUGCAACCUAUUUUUCGCCCAACCAAGAAAUAUUACUCACCUCCUUAUAAUAUAGUGUAGACGAAGUGAUAUAACAAUAAUGUCAAGCUCGGCAAAGGCAGGCGAUGUCCAUGAAUCGGUACCUGAUUCGCAACAGCUGCCACAGCAACUAUAUGUGGAAACAUUUUCGGUGUAUGUGGUAACUUGGAAUGUGGGCACUCGUUUCCCGGAUAAUAUUUCUUUGCGGUCACUAUUGGGACUUCAAGGUGUUGAUGACGAAAAGGAACAAGUUUUGCCUGACAUUUACGCCAUUGGCUUACAAGAGGUGAACGUACAACCACAGCAACAAAUGUUAGGUCUAUUCAAGGAAGACCCGUGGACGCACAAAGUGAAAAAACUACUUCGGGAUUUCGACUAUGUGGUCAUAAAAACUGAACAAAUGCAAGGUUUAUUACUUACAUUGCUAGUGCGUCGGCCACAUGUUCAGCAUAUGCGAGAUAUUGAGCCCGAGUUCACCCGAACGGGAUUUGGCGGUAUUUGGGGUAACAAAGGUGCAGUGAGCAUUCGCUUUUCGUUAUAUGGUUGCGCUUUAACUUUUGUUGUGGCACACUUGGCUGCUCAUGAUCACCAUUUGGAUGAACGCAUUGAAGACUAUGAGCAGAUUAUGGAAAAUCACCACUACCAUGUACCACACUAUCGCGAGAUAUACGACCACGAUUAUGUUUUUUGGUUUGGCGAUCUUAAUUUUCGUCUGAUGGGUGAUGACAGUCCAGCUGAAGUUUUGGCCAAUGUUAAAAAGGAGGAAGUGAUGUCUGAACUCAUUCAACGCGAUCAGUUGUUGCAUGUGAGAACUAAGUUGCAUAAAGCAUUCCAUCUAAUGCAUGAGCGCUUGCCUGCAUUCCCACCGACUUUCAAAUUUCACGAAGGUACAUCGAAUUACGAUUUAAAGCGCCGACCUGCUUGGACGGACCGUAUACUCUAUGCUUUGCAACCGCUCAAUAAACGCCCCGAUGAAAGACUAGCCAUCGAACAAAGAUCAUACAAGUCACAUCCAGCCUAUAACAUAAGUGAUCAUAAACCAGUGAGCAGCGAAUUCAGUAUUAAACUUUAUCCGAAUUAUCGAGCAACUUGCGUAACUUUCAAAGAAAUCGCUGAGUGGCAAAUCGGCGAGGAAAACAUAGUGCAAUAUCUAAAGCCCAAUGAUUUUGAGGAACGAAAUCACGACUGGAUCGGUAUUUAUCGGGAAGACUUUGCUAGUCUGAGUGAAUACAUAGGGUAUGAGUAUGUCAAUCAAGCCGAGUCACCACCAUCGUCGCCGGAACCAAGGCAGGGUACCUUCGAAACACCCGGCACGCAUCGGUCAGGUCGGCACCGUCAUCGCAACCAUGAACGCUUGCGCCGUCAGCAGUUACAGAAUGAAGAAGACAUUCGCCUCGAUUUCUCCGAUGACAUCAACAUGCGAAAUGGCGAACGUUACUUAUUAAUUUACUUUCAAAAUACUGGUUUACGUGGCGUCACCAGCGUGGCUGGUGUGAGCAAUGUUUUUCGUGCAAUUACGUCGUGAGCAAUUCAAAUCAGCCUUAAAAAAGGUUGACAAUUGCGCUAUUUAUUAAUUAACUUUAUUGUUUUGUUUUACCAAGUUUUAGAUUGUUUAUUACACUACUAAAGUCAUCUACACAGUCUGUAUACAUAUACAUACAUGCAUAUAUUUUGCUACAAUUGGGGUAUUCACACCUGCCUGGUUAUCUGUUUAAAAAUUAUUAUUCUCUAUAUUUUUGUUGUAAACCGAGUAAAAAACUGAUAACCUGGCAGGUGUGGAUACCUUAACUAUAUAUGUACAUUAGACUGCGCUUUAGUUGUAUGGAGAACAUUUUUCGUUAAGCUACAACGCAAGAUCCCUAGAAAUUUGAUCUGGUAAUAAAAACAAGCUCUGCGAAGAAUUUUUAAAAUCGGAUAACGGAAAGACGUGUCUGAACGCUCCUAAAGUUCAGAUUUUCAUGCAAUUUUUCACAAUGUGGUUAAAAUUGCCUAUAAGUCAGUGGGAAAUUUAAUAUCUUUUAAUGGAACUUGAACUUGUUUUGUCCCCCAAUGUCAAAUACGGCUACAAUAUUUUUAAACCUUCGCAACUUUUAAAGUUAUUGAGGGUUUUCGCACGUAAAAUUAAAAUUUUUUAGGAUUACUGAUGUUACAAAUCCUACAAAGCAAGAAAGCAAGACUCCCCCAGAAAUGUUCAUUUGGUCAUAAAAAAUCGGAUAACGGAAAGACGUGCCUCAAAGGCCCUAAAGUUCAGCAAACUCAUGGAAUUUUUCACAAAGCAGUUAAAAUUGCCUAUAAGUCAGUGGGAAAUUUAAUAUGUUAUAAUGGAUCUUGUUGGGUAGGUACGAAGAAAAAAAUGUAGUAGCGAAUUUGACACGUAGAUCAUGGAUCCACAGUCUUGCCCCUAAAUUUCAUACGGGAACAUUCCGCCAUC